UGCGCCAGAACCCUUCACUGUCAAAUGUCUGACUGCAUCUAUGUUCAACCCUCUGUUGCCUGGGCCUGCCGCCUGCCUGAGAGGGGAAUCGCGCAUGUUCGCCAUACCGCUGUCAGCGCACCGAUGUGGUAACCAUUCGCGCUCCCUCACCGAAGCGGAACUGCCAGCCAGCCACUCGCGCUACACAUUGAUGUGCCUCUAGACUCACAAAACUCACUUGGGCAAGCCAACCAAUCAGAGGAGAGAGAGAGAGAGGCAGGCGAAUUUCUCGCACCACGUAUCAACAUGCAGCCAGGCAGCUGUCCCUCCUUUUCCAUGAGCUACAAUACAACAAAACUACCGCCCGUCAGGAGAAAACAUCAUGAUAUAAAAGGCCACCCCACCACACGCAGUCUACCGAAGUACUCACCAAUAAGUCAGUGCGGCCCCUCCGCCCCGCUGGACACAGCAAUGGGGGAAUUCUGCUGGCCGUGGCCGGCCUGCAGGAUGGUGGCGAGAUCGGCCUCUACCGCCACGGGGUACGUCUCGGCCUCGUCAUCGACCUGCGUCAGGUAGGCCGUCAGCGGUCCGAUGGCCGUCUUCUUGAGGUUGUGCUGUGCCGCGAACCGCUCAGCCGCCGACUGACACGACUCCGUGGCCCUCACACACAGCUGGUGCUGGCUGCCAUCCGCUAUCGUCACCGUCGCCACCACCACGUUGCGCUCCACCUCCACCUCCUUGGAUGGGAACUCCUCCCCGACACGGCUGUCCGCCGCCGCCGCACCCUCCCCAGCUUUGGUCCUGACUGACAUCGGGUCCAGGGUGUCGAAUGGCGAUGCAGGUGCCGGUGCGCGCUGGUACAGACCCCCGAGGGACGGGGCGAUGGACGGCACCUGGCACUGGGCGAAGGGGCCACCGGGGAUACGCCGCCGCUGCUGCUGCUGCUGGUUGAUGAAGGGCUUGUUGAUGUGGAUGGCCUUGCGGGGCGGCUUCUUGAGUCGUGCGACGGACGGCACGUCUAGGUCCAACGACGACAGCUUCUCCCACAGUGACGGCUCCUUGUGCGGUGCCUGGCGCGACCGGGCGUCCACCUGGUUGCGUGUGAGGUCUCCCACGUGCUCGUUGACCGCCACUGGCGAGUGCUGCCCCCUCCCGCCGCCCAGCAGGUUGGACACGAAGCGAAACGUGCCGCUCACGCUGAGAGCAGGGAAGUCGCCGUCGCCCCUGCCCUGCGUCUGGCGGCUGCCGAUCUUCAGCUCCUUGGUGGACGACAGCAGCUGCUCCAGCGUCGUGUGCAGCCGGGUGCUCUCGUCCUUGAGCUCUUGCUGCUGCUCCACCUCUAGGGCGUGGAGCUCCUCGAGGCUCUGGAUGCUGCGGGCCAUGCGGGUGCACAUCUCCAGCAGCUCAUCCCUCGACUUGGACUGCAGCACCUCCUUCAGACCCUCCCUCUCGGCAGCAGAGGGUAGCGGGGAGGCAUCAGAUGCUGCCGCAGAUGAGGAUGACGGCUCCUCUUCGACAGAAGCCAUGGCGGUGUCGAAUCUCAGUAUCUUCCUUAGGGCGG